CUCCCUUCAUGGCCAAUCAAACAGAGGCAAGAGUGACUCUAUGAAACCCACUUUUUAGUCCAUCCAAAGUAAGGUUUGGGUUCCCACAUUCACCUGAAAAACCAGGUCAAAAUGAAUUCUCCGCUCUUCUUCACCACCACCUUGUUUUUCUCUCUCCUCCUCUCACUACCCCCCUCCUUCUCAGACCUUGCCACCGACCGUGCCGCCCUAUUAGCCCUCCGCUCCGCCGUCGGCGGCCGAUCUCUGCUCUGGAACAUCUCGGAACGCACCCCAUGUGCAUGGCCAGGUGUCAAUUGCUCUUCAAACCCCCCUCAGGUUGUCGAGCUCCGUCUCCCCGGAAUGGGCCUUUACGGCCAGAUUCCACCGAACACCGUCGGAAAUCUGACCCACCUCCACACCCUUUCCCUCCGCUUCAAUGUCCUUUCGGGCCCACUACCCUCUGAUCUUUCCUCUCUUUCCUCUCUUCGUAACCUUUACCUCCAGGACAAUGCCUUCUCUGGCCCCAUCCCUGAAUUUCUCUCCAGUCUCACUAAUCUUGUUCGCCUCAACCUUGCCCAUAACAACUUCUCUGGUUCUAUUCCUCCUUCACUCAACAAUUUGACUCGUUUGGCUACUCUCUAUUUGGAAAACAACCAUCUCACCGGGUCAAUUCCUGACUUGAAUUCAUCCAGUUUGGUUCAGUUGAAUGUAUCAGACAAUCAACUAGCUGGUACUAUUCCUUCAAGGUUUUCUGGAAUGCCAGCGAGUUCGUUUUUGGGUAAUGCACUUUGUGGAGGUCCACUUUUAUCUUGUAAUGGAACUGGGAAAGGGAAAGGCAAGAAACUAUCUGGUGGUGCGAUUGCUGGGAUUGUAAUUGGAUCGUUAAUUGGGUUGUUUUUGAUUGUUUUGAUUUUGUUGUUUUUGUGUCGGAAAAGAAGGGAUCAUGAAGUAGGAUCUAAGGAUGAAGCUGCAAUGAAGAAGGGUGAUAUUGAAAUACCACACGAAAAAUCGGUUGAGAGUGGGGUUGUGGAUAGUUUGAGUAGUGCGCUUCCAGCAGUGACGGUGAGAAAAGAGAAGGGUGAGGGUAACGGUGGUGGUGUUGGGGGGAAGAAUUUAGUGGUAUUUGGGAACAUGGCUAGGACUUUUGAUUUGGAAGAUUUAUUGAGGGCAUCCGCGGAGGUUUUGGGGAAGGGGACAUUUGGGACGGCGUAUAAGGCUGUGUUGGAGAUGGGUGUGGUGGUGGCGGUGAAGAGGUUGAAGGAUGUGAGUGUGCCUGAGAAGGAGUUCAGGGAGAAGAUUGAGGUGGUUGGGAAGAUGGAUCAUGAGAAUUUGGUGCCUCUCAGGGCAUAUUAUUAUAGCAAAGAUGAGAAGCUUCUUGUAUUCGAUUACAUGCCAAUGGGAAGUUUGUCUGCUCUUUUGCAUGGAAACAGAGGAGCUGGUAGGACACCAUUAAACUGGGAAACAAGAUCCGGGAUUGCACUUGGAGCUGCCCAUGGAAUUGCAUACCUCCAUGCACAGGGCUCAACUGUCUCUCAUGGCAACGUAAAGUCAUCGAAUAUUCUCCUCACAAAAUCCUAUGAAGCCCGUGUUUCUGACUUUGGCCUUGCUCAGCUUGUUGGUCCCUCCUCCACCCCCAAUCGUGUUGCUGGCUACAGGGCACCAGAAGUUACAGAUCCUCGUAAGGUCUCCCAGAAAGCUGAUGUUUACAGUUUUGGCGUAUUGCUGCUGGAACUGUUAACAGGUAAGGCUCCCACUCAUGCUCUCUUGAAUGAGGAGGGGGUAGACCUUCCAAGAUGGGUUCAGUCAGUGGUUCGAGAGGAGUGGACAGCUGAGGUAUUUGACCUUGAGCUCCUCAGAUAUCAAAAUGUUGAGGAGGAAAUGGUUCAGCUCUUGCAACUUGCUAUUGACUGUGCCGAUCAGUACCCUGACAAGCGCCCUUCAAUGGCUGAGGUGGCAAGCCGGAUUGAGGAGCUUUGUCGUUCUAGCUUACAACAAGAGCAAGACUCGAGUAUCGACAUAGUCAAUGCUACACAGGAGCAACGGGAUUAG